GGUCUGCCCGGCCCCUCGGGCCCAGCUGGCGAAGGCGGCAAAGUAGGAGAGAGGGGGCUCCCCGGUGAAUUCGGCCUCCCCGGACCUGCUGGCCCAAGAGGCGAGCGCGGCCCCCCCGGAGAAAGCGGAGCAGUCGGCCCCACCGGCUCCCUCGGAAGCCGGGGUCCUUCCGGCCCCCCGGGCCCUGAUGGCAACAAGGGCGAGCCUGGCGUCGCCGGAGCCCCUGGAAAUGCGGGUCCUGCCGGCUCUGGGGGAGUCCCGGGAGAGCGCGGUGCUGCUGGCGUCCCCGGAGGCAAAGGAGAGAAGGGUGAAACUGGGCCCAGAGGCGAGUUUGGAAACCCCGGCAGAGACGGCGCUCGGGGAGCUCCUGGUGCCAUGGGGGCCCCCGGUCCUGCCGGAGCCACCGGAGAGAGGGGUGAAGCUGGCCCGGCUGGUCCCGUCGGUCCCACUGGUGCUCGAGGCGCCCCUGGCGAUCGUGGAGAGGCCGGCCCCGCGGGCCCCAACGGAUUCGCAGGCCCUCCCGGUGCCGCUGGUCAAGCCGGAGCAAAGGGAGAACGAGGAACCAAAGGACCCAAGGGAGAAAACGGGGCCGUGGGCCCCACCGGCCCUGUGGGUGCAUCCGGCCCGGCGGGUCCCAGCGGUCCUCCCGGCCCCGUCGGCGGUCGCGGUGAUGGUGGCCCCCCCGGCGUGACUGGCUUCCCUGGUGCUGCUGGGAGAACUGGAGCCCCCGGCCCUUCUGGCAUCACUGGUCCUCCUGGCCCCCCUGGCGCUUCUGGAAAGGAAGGGCCUCGUGGUCCUCGCGGUGACCAAGGUCCCAUCGGCCGCGCCGGAGAGACGGGCGCCGUCGGCCCCGUUGGCUUCACUGGAGAGAAGGGUCCUCCCGGAGAGGCUGGCGCCAGCGGUCCCCCUGGCUCGUCGGGCCCUCAAGGUAUUCUCGGUGCUCCUGGAAUUCUCGGGCUGCCUGGCUCAAGAGGAGAACGUGGUCUUCCCGGGGUGUCUGGAUCGCUGGGUGAACCCGGGCCUCUCGGCAUCUCUGGCCCUCCUGGUGCUCGAGGUCCCCCUGGCGCUGUGGGCAACCCUGGCGUCAACGGCGCUCCUGGCGAAGCUGGUCGUGAUGGCAACCCUGGCAACGAUGGGCCGCCCGGCCGAGAUGGACUUGCUGGUCACAAGGGGGAGCGCGGCUACCCCGGUAACCCCGGCGCCGUGGGCAACGCUGGAGCUCCUGGCCCUCACGGGACUGUGGGGCCCGCCGGCAAGACCGGAAACCGCGGUGAGCCGGGUCCUGCCGGCUCAGUGGGCCCCGUCGGCCCCUUCGGCGCGAGAGGCCCGAGCGGCCCUCAAGGUCCCCGAGGAGACAAGGGAGAGCCCGGCGACAAGGGACCGAGAGGCUUGAACGGCUUCAAAGGACACAACGGAUUCCAAGGCCUUCCCGGCAUCUCAGGACAACACGGAGAUCAAGGUGCUCCGGGUUCCGUCGGCCCCGCCGGCCCCAGGGGUCCUGCUGGUCCUUCCGGCCCCGCUGGCAAAGACGGCCGCCCCGGACACGCAGGGGCCGUCGGGCCUGCUGGCCUUCGUGGCUCCCAAGGCAGUCAAGGUCCCGCCGGUCCUCCCGGCCCCCCCGGCCUGCCCGGGCCCCCUGGUCCAAGCGGGGGUGGCUACGAGUUCGGCUACGAAGGCGAUUUCUACCGGGCGGACCAGCCUCGCACUCAGGCUUCCCUCAGACCUAAGGACUACGAAGUCGACGCUACCCUGAAGUCCCUCAACAACCAGAUCGAGACCAUCCUCAGCCCAGAAGGCUCAAAGAAGAACCCUGCCCGGACCUGCCGAGACCUCAGACUCAGCCACCCCGAAUGGAGCAGCGGUUUCUACUGGAUCGACCCCAACCAGGGCUGCACCAUGGACGCCAUCAAAGUAUACUGUGACUUCUCCACCGGCGAGACCUGCAUCCGCGCCCAGCCCGAGAGCAUCCCGGCCAAGGCCUGGCCCCUUCCCGGCACUCCCAAGAAGCACGUGUGGUUCGGAGAGACUCUCAACGGUGGCACCCAGUUCGAAUACAACAGCGAAGGCGUGACCUCGAAGGACAUGGCCACCCAGCUGGCCUUCAUGCGCCUGCUGGCCAACCACGCCUCCCAGAACCUCACCUAUCACUGCAAGAACAGCGUGGCCUACAUGGACGCUGAGACGGGCUCUCUGAAGAAGGCCGUCAUCCUGCAGGGCUCCAACGACGUGGAGCUCACGGCCGAGGGCAACAGCAGGUUCACGUUCACCGUGCUGGAAGAUGGCUGCUCCAGAAAGACCAACGAGUGGGGAAAGACCGUGAUCGAGUACAAGACCAACAAGCCCUCUCGCCUGCCCUUCCUGGACAUCGCGCCUUUGGACAUUGGGGGGGCAGACCAAGAAUUCUCUUUGGACAUUGGCCCCGUCUGUUUCAAAUGAACCAUCUGCAGCGAAAUGGAAGAAAAGAAAAGGAAAAAAAAAAGAUGCCCCCCACGUCCUCCCCCUGCCCUUCCUCCUUCCCCCCUUCUUGCCCUCCAAUCCGAUCCCUUCUGUCCCUCCUGCUCGGCUCCUGCUUCAACUCUGGGCAAAAGAGAAGGGUCAGGACUCUCGGAGCACCGUGCAAUGCAGCGGACCCCAGGCCCCCCCCAGGCCUCCUGACACCCGCCUGGGGGAGGGGCAGCCCUUGUAAAGACGGGACCCCACCAGGAAAGGAAACAAUAAAAAGCAAACCCUUUGCACCA